CGACCCUUUUACAGCCGUAUUUUCCCUGUGUGUGUGGCCCUGGUCUCAGUUAAUUCAAGAUGAAGUUCUCCCUUCUGGCCCUCGGCGCCCUCGCCCUCUCUGCCCAGCAGGCCUGUGCCUCGGAAGGCGGGAGCGAUAAUGGUACCACUCAGCAAGGAGGCUCGGUGGCCCAACAUACUUGCAAGGACAAUCCGCUCAGCUUCAACAUCACCGACGCCGGCCAGUCUGUGAUCUUCACGUGCGAUCCUUCCGUGAAGAACCUGGACCCGAAGCUCGAGGCCGAGCAGAAGAUGUAUAAGGGAACCGAGGCCGUCCCCAUUAUCAGCCUUCUCCCUGGUGCGACUCUUAAAGCAGUCAACUCCAAUACUGUUGAGCAGCCUAAACAGCGUGAUGCUACGGGGAACACGUUCAACUUCACAGUUCCCGCCUUGCCCAGUGAGCAGCUGGAGCUCCAUGUCAACUGCACGGCCACUGGUACAGAAGCGAGUAGCCGUAGCCAAGGCACCGCCAACGAUUGCCAGGUUAACUUUCACAUCGCUUCCUCGGCUGUCCGCCCCGUCAUGGCCGCGAGCGCCGUUGCUGGAGUCAUUGCAUCUCUUCUGCACUUCGUCUAAACGAGUUGAGAACCUAUGGUGAAUAUGCCUGCUUGUUUAAGCGUUUAGAAAUAAGGAUCUAGUCUCGUUUUUGCUGGCGCGCAGCUGAAUAUUCACUGGUGGGUGGCCAGCCACCGCAUCAACCAAUUUCACUCAGGUGACCGUUUUCUGCGAAGCUGCUACAAAUUUUUUCAAUACUUUGUACGAACUUCAUGGUCUCCCUGGCGGAUUGGCUUCCGCUUCUUCGAUUUACCGAUCCGAUACAAAAUCCGCCUGGAAUCAGGCCAACACCUACAUCCAACUCCGAGAAGCUUCCCGCCACGUCACGUUUACCUUUCACCGUGUCCACUUAAACGCACGCUUCGUUAACGUUACACCUUCGCAAUGCACAUGCGAAAUCCUUCCUGUUCCACCAGACACAUUCGGCUCCACAGGCUUCUUCCUACGACAGCUCUCGUUGUCCCAUUGAAGCGCAUGUGGAAUUCGAAUUUGUUUUUCGAUGCAACAUUGGAAAUUGUCUCUUCGCGCGGAACCACAUACCUUACACCUCGUGUGCCUAAGAAAGGUGUCUUCCGCAUAUAGAACUCCCCGCCGCUCGCAGCACUGUAACAAUC